AUGGGAGCUGGACCUGGCCACAGUGGAGAAAUGUCCUCUUCACCGACAAAAGCCGUUUUUGAGUCAGUCGAGGAGAUGGAAGAAUCCGGAUAUGGAGAAAACCAGACCAACAGUUUGCUGACAACAACGUCCUGCAGAGAGCGCGUGUCCCAGAUCUGCUCCGUGUCUCAGAAAGCCUCCGAGUCGUUCACCAACAGAGCUCUCUUCUCGCGAAAGUACAAGUUUCUCUACUGCCCCGUGGAGAAAACAGCAUCCACCUUCUGGAGACGGUUCUUUUACCAGCUCAUCUACACACACCCGGUCAAGUCUCCGUUUGACGUGUCGGUCCAAAGAACACUGUCUGAGAGAUUUGCCUCGGCACAACUUCCCAAAGACAAACUCGCCAAAUGGCUGGACAGCUCUACAAAACUGCUCUUUGUGCGAGACCCCUACUCGCGUCUCUUCUCCGCCUACAUCGACAAGCUCAUGUCUCCCAACCCCGUGUACUGGAAGCAAUGGGGCCAGCCCGCUAUUUUAAAGUUCCGGCAAAACCCAAGCGGAAGCAGGAAAGGUCACAGACCGUGCGGCGAUGACGUCACGUUCAAAGAGUUUGUGUCUUUCGUCACCGAUUCGGGCUGGCGCUCGGACGUCCAUCUUAUUCCUAUAAAUAGACUCUGCACGCCGUGCACUUUCCACUAUACCGUCAUCGGGAAAAUGGAGACUUUCAAAAGGGACGCGGUGCAUUUAUUGAGCUAUCUCAAGAUGUCUGAAAGCCAGAUAGGAUUCGAACGUAUGGACUCUGACGCUGUUGUCGACGCAAUCGAAGACUCCAGCAAGGACUCUCUGUCUCCCAACUGGCUCAAAGACACCCUCAAAUGCAUCAACAAAGAGGGCGUGGCCAAGAGAAUCUUGAGAAAGUUGCAGAUUCGUGGCUUCGUCAGCUGGCGAUAUAAGCUCACACUCACGUCAGACGAAAUACGAAAACUGGAUUUUCGGACAUUUGUGAAAUUAUUGACGGAAUCCAGAAAAGACCCGCUCUUCAAUAAAACAGAACUGAAGAUUCAGAAAAAGCAAGCUUUUCUAGAGGCAAUGAUUACUCUAGAAGACUCUCAGUUUAUUGAUAUACAGAAUUUGUUUUUUGAAGACUUCGUCAUGUUUGGUUAUGACGCGAUUCCUAGCGUGCUGAAGAAGGCGGAGACUGGCUCAAUAAAACUCACAAACGCCCUGGACUGGACAAAGGAUUGGGACUUGUCGCCUGUCUUGUGACGGAAAUGUCUGUGUGCAUGUCGUUAGGAAGUGUCCACAUGAAUGAGUGAUGAGUGGGUUAUUACAGUAUAUAAAACGCAUAAAUAUAAUAUAGUGUUACAAUAAUGUGCAUGCUGCUUUUUUAGAUGUUACCACCCAUUUAAACUAUGUGUGUGUACAUGUGUGUGUAUGUGUGUAUGUGUGUGUGUGUGUGUGU